AGCAGAUCGACCACGGUUAUCACGAGCCUCCAUGUCAGCGUGGUGACUAAGCAGUAUGCUUAGCGCCCAUUUAGGCCGCUUUUUGCUGCACUGCAACAGUGCCGUGGCUCCCAUGCCGUCUACGCUGUCAAUCUUCACGCCGUGGUGGAGCAGCACUUGGAUGACCAGGUCAUAUCCUUCCGAAGCGGCCUCCACAAGCGCUGCUCGGCCAUCCCUUGUGAGUGAAGGAUUGUACCUGAGCAGAAGGUCUACCACACGCGCAUGACCAUGUCUAAUCGCUGCGAAGAAAGCCGUGUCGUCAUUGACAGAGCAGUCUCUUGUCUUGGCACCGCGUUCAAGCAGGAGCCCCACGACUUCCAGGUGGCCCUGCUGUGACGCAAGCUGCAAACCUUUGUGCUCACCAUACGGAUCGGUCUCAUCUGCGAGACCAUCACGAUCGAGAGCAAGUUGUAAGAUCGCUGUGCGACCAAGUGCGGCGGCGUGUACCUGAAGGGAUAAUGGAAACUUUUUUG